GGCGCCGCUGCACAGUUUGUUCUUCCUGACUGUAGCGGUCCUUCUCCCGCAGCACACGACUAUUUCUGCAUUUUUACUACUUUAUUUUUGUGUGAUAUUUCAGAUUAUUCGGUAUGGAUCCAAGACUGCUGCUGGCGGUGGUUUUUAGCCUGAUUUUACCCGGGAUCCAGUCAAAAAGAGCCGGUUUGAAGCGGUUUAUCAAAGCACAGUCUAUGCAGGUGCUGGGCUUUGAGUGGAAGAACUGUGGUAAACCAGAUGACCCAGCAGUCCUUAAUACCCUGAACGUGGCCCCAGACCCCAUCUCCAUCCCAGGGCAACUCAAAGCAGAUGCCUCAGGGAGAACUGCUGUAGAGCUGAUUUCCCCUCUGGCUCUGAACAUGACCAUAGAGAAGGCGGUGGCUGGCUUCUGGGUGAAGAUCCCUUGCGUGGAUGACAUGGGCAGUUGUCACUAUAGUGACGCGUGUGACGUCCUGAACAUGCUGGUACCCCCGGGGCAGGACUGUCCCGAGCCCCUGCACGCCUACGGACUGCCUUGUCGCUGCCCCUUCAAAGCUGGCUUGUAUUCCCUGCCCCCAUCGGAUUUCUUUAUUCCGAACCUGGACCUGCCAUACUGGCUCACAAACGGCAAAUACAGAGCUCGGGGCAUGCUGGGACAGGACGGCGCCGAGCUGGGCUGCCUCGAGUUGGGGCUAACUAUCCACUCUGGCUGAUCUUACCAUAUAGACACUGGGGACACUUUGGGAUAACUCAGUUUGUUGAUAAGGGUUAAUCCUGAAUGAACCAUAAACAAGGGCUGAGGGAUAUUGAUGAAUUUCGAUUUUUGAUUGUAUUUUAUUUUUUCCUCUACAAAAACAUUACAUAGUGCACCUUUAAAUCCUUUAUAAAGUUAAGGCUACCACAAAUCCCAAUUUCCUAAUAAGUAAAUGUUAAAAAAAGUUGCCAAAUGUCUUCUGCAAAUAAUGUAACUUUUCCAUAUAAACGCUACUAACCAACACAAACACGUUCUGAAAUGCGUGGGAUUGUUGUAUUCGUUUAGCAGUUCAGAUUUAAACUUUGUAUUUUAUGUCAUGACUAUACAGUCUAUAUAGUAUUUUUUUAUUAUCAGCAAUGAAGUACUUUGCCUUUCACUCACUACAGAAGCUGCGGUACAGUACUGGAAGUUGUGGACAUAUUUUUUCAGACUUUUGUAAAAAUACAAUAGAAGCUGUUAAUUAUAGCUUAUAAAUUGUUGUAAAGUGCUAUAGAAAUUCUAUAGAUUAUCUUCCUUAUGGUUCAAAAGCUGAGGAUAAUAUACUGAUAAUGAUAUGCUCUUAUUUUGGAGAAAUUAAUAAUUUGCAAAUUUUACAAAUUAACAAAGCUUGACAUGAAAAGUCCCAUGUUAUGCUAUUUUCUGAUCUGUUUUAAUUUUGUUUCCUCAUCAGAAACAGACCUGGAGUUGUGUUUUGUUUCAUUUACACACGUUUAACACACAAACCCUGGAUAGUUCUUGAGUUGUGUGAGUGAAACAAAACACAACUCCAGGUAUGUUUUUGAGGAGGUCACAGCAUUAUAACAUGGUUUAAGCCUCACAAGAGUCAAUUUAGCGUAAUAUAGGUCCUUUAAACGCUCACUUUCUAGAAGUGGUACAUCCCCUGCAUAUAAUUAAUUCAGAUAUGUUUUUUUAAUAAAUAAAAUAUAAAUCAUGAGUAAUGUUUGGAUGAGGUCAGUUGCUCAUGUAGCAGAGACCUGCCCCAGAUUUUUCCAUGUUUUUCAGUGCAAUAGAAACAUAAAAAAUAUAUAAAAAUCAUGCUUUUAUUUUAGACUAUUUUUGGCUAAAAAAUGACAGUGAACCUUUAAUCAAAAACACAAUGUGAGAUUUCAUCCUUGUCUACUAAAGUAAUGUUUUGAAUAGAAAUGUAGGUUCAAACUGAAUUUGAUCAAAUUUAUAGUGAAAUUAGUAGCAUUUGCUUUUCAGUUUUUUUUCUGUUAACUUUUAUUUUAGCCGUAUCACUCAACAUUUGAGCAAUAGUCUGUGUAUUUAGUUUUUUUUAAAUGUAAUUUCAAAGGCCUUCACAAUCAUAUUUCUAUGAUUUUUAGCUUGUAACUUUUGAGAAUCAGUUUAUGUUUACUCUAUGAAUGAACAGUGGCCAAAUAUUUUUAUUCAACUUUUUUGUUAUGUUUUAUGUCAAGUGCUUAUAAUCCUUUUUUAGUUCAGCUGUGUUAAAAUUGUGUGAAACUUUCUAGAGCAAAUACUUUUAGUGUUUACUGGUUCAUCAUUGCUUAUUAAACAAUUUUGUUGAUUGGAGAUGUGAUUUAUGUGUCAAAAGCACUUUGUGUCGAUUUUAAGUACUUAACAUUUCAAGUUUUGACUUUGAGCAGAUGAGCUAUAUUAUAUUUCAAACUCUGAUGACAGCUCACAUAUGUGAACGUGUUUCUUAUCAUUUAUAAAACACAUUCAUUAUCAGUGUGCCGUAUGUGUUUCGGCAACUGUUUUGCCCUGGCUGUUGCUAAAGUAAUGUCAGUGGUACUAAUUAUAUAGUUAGAUUUCUGUGAUGAGGGAGUAACAUUGUAAGAUGAACAUUUUGGUGAUCUAUUUUUUCUAAAACCCCAAUAAUAAUCAUACUGCCUCCUCCUUAAAACUCCUUUGACAAUAUAAAACGGGCAUUAGUUGCAUUUGCAUCUUUCCUAACAAUGUAAAAUAUUAAGUUAAACAACACAUAUAAGAAUGGAGGGAGGUUUAUACUUUCCCCCCAGCCCUUCUCCCUGUACACCAACUGCUGCACCUCCACCCACGAUUCCAUAAAGCUGCUCAAGUCUGAGAUGGCACCACUCUCACUGGACUCAUUUUGGACGGUGAUGAACCUGGUACAGGAGGGAGGAGGACCCCUACUCCUUGGGUCUACUCACACCAGGACCUCAACCCACAAGAACAGGUCAUUUUCAUCCGCUGCUGUUUUUUUUUCUACUGACACGAAACUCUGAACUGGAUAACAUCUCACAGUGUAGGCAACUUGGACAGAACAGCUUCAUGUGAGAUUAAACAUAAAACCAUGAAGGCUAAGAUAACGUGUUUAUCUUAGUUCAUAUCAUGGUGCUACUCCAGUUGAAUUAAUUGCCUUGUUGAUGUAAUUUGUCAUCUUGUCAUCUUUGGUGUAAUUUACAGUAUUCUCGUUUAAGUGAACUUCAUUCACCCAUUAUGUGAAGAAGCUUCUGUGCCACUUAACCAUAUAAUGAUGCUGUUUUGAUUGUAUUGUAUUGUAUAAUUUGACAUUCAUGUGGUGUACUGCAAAUUAUUUUUCAAGUGUAUUCACCUUAUUCUGGAAGUUGCCAUGGGUGCCACCAUUGUCAUUCAGGUUGUAUUAUUUUGCAUGGGGCUGUUGAUCUUGACAGUAAAUAAGUUCCAUAGGGAUAACAGAGGCAUUUAAAGCCUCCAGAGAAUCAGUGCAGUGUUAACUUGUUGGUCACAUGGACAUUAACCGUUUUACACAAAUCAAAGCUACUUUAUAUCAGAUUUUAGAGGCAAAUUCUCAAAAUUCUCUAUUGAAAUUAAUGAAAUUUGCAUUUAACUGAAAGUGCCACCAUAAAGAAAGUGCGGUUCAGUCGCAUUUAGAGGCAAAGAGAACAGGCGGAAUUAGAUCAAUACCUAAGAUUUUUUGCAUUGUAUUUAAACACCUGAGACAAUUUCCAUGGUCAGAAUUCCUUUUCAGUUUGUUUCUAUGCUCUGCAAAGAUUGAUCAAAUAAAUUUAGAUUUUUUAAUACGG